AUCCAUCAACAGCGAAUAAGCUGAGGUCGUGAGGAUCAAUGAUUCAGGGUCGUGUCAGUCAUGUAUUUUACAAGCUUUCCAUUGAUGGUUCGGUACUAUUGACUACUGCCUGACGAAAAAAGUCUAGAUUCGCGAAAACGUAAGGCAACUUUCCCUGCUCCCUCUCUGUGGUGCAGUAUGUACUGCUAAGUCCGGUGACACCGCCUUCAGGGUAGCUUUCACGCCAUCACAGCCUGUUUCCGAAACUGUGUCAGAGCAUUUAGAAAAGUAGAUUUCGUCGUUACGAUAUGCAUCGAUGAACACACUCAAGGAGGCCACAUGGCUGGAAGGGAGACGGGUGUGUAGUACGUGUGUGUAAGUGCUCAAUUCUAAAGUGCGGAAAGCAACCGUUUGCCUGCUCCGUCAACAGGUGUGUGGUGAUAGUAGUACAGUGCAGCGGCAGUGCUGGAGCAGAGACCGGCGUUGCCGGUGCAGAGCAGUCACAGUAGUGCUCAAUGCGGCUGGGAGAAGAUGAGCAGCUCACCGCAGUUCAAGACCAAAGCCGGCCUGAAGCGCUCCUACUGUGACCAGUGCGACAAGUCCUUCUCCAGAGGUGACACGCUGAGAUUGCACAAGAAGCGGAUUCAUCCUCCUCGCAUCCAUGUGAAGCCGUUCACGUGCCCGAUAUGCAAGAAGGUCAGCACAGGCGGUUCAUCGUUUGCCAACCACAUGAACAAUGUGCAUCGCAGGACCCAUUUCUAUGACUGUGUGGACUGCGAUGGCUCAUUCACUUACAUCGCAAGCCUGAGGAGACACUACGUGUGUGUUCAUGGAGGACAGGCGUCUCCCGUCACAUGCCAGCCCGGUCAACGAAAACGAGCAGCAUCGGUGCAGAGCGAUAAGAACUGGAAGAAAAGAAAAGCGCAGAUUACUGGUGACAGUGCAAGGAAUGCCGGUGACAGUCCUGUAGCGAGUGCAAGCAGUGCUAGUGGCAGUGAGCGGCAGCACGCUGACAGUGUCAACGCCACCGACGAGGCAAACGAUACCAGCGGGCAGUACAGCAAUGAUGAAGAGCAACAAGAGCAGAGCGCUGACGCUGAUGAUGAAAAAUGGUACAUUGCAUGGACGCUGAUGCAUGCCAACUCAGCUCUUGCGAGUGAUGCACAAGUGAAGUCAACUCCUACUGGUCAGAUGAGCAGCACUAUUGCCAGUGAUCAUGUAGAGAUCUCACUCACACCCAGUACGCCCACAUCGAUGCGCCGUGCCAGCUUGUUCAGCGUUCUGGAGCAGAAGUUUGAGAAGGACAGCAGCAGCAGCAUUGGUUUGUUUGCGUCGCCGGCAUCCGCUUCAAGCCAGGAUACCUCACCAGUGUGCAAAGCCUUGGGCCGUGAUGGUGACAGUAGUAGUCUAGAGCAUCAUAACGUGUCGCACCAUCAGAAACAAAACCAUCGGCAUCACCUCCAGCGACAGCAUGAAGAAGAGGAUGGAGAGCUGCCUCACCGAAUGGUCGCUGACAUCGAAAAGGUCAACGACGACGAUGCCAUGCAAGAAGUAAAUGUUAUCAUCUCCCUUAGCAGUACACAAGAUAGCGAAGAAGAGAGUCCUGCUCCAUCACCUGGCGAAUGUGAUACCAGUGAGCAAAGUAUGACUACUGCUGCUACUGCUGCUAGGCAGCAACCGCUACACGUGUCUCUUCAAGUCGAGGAAAGCGACGAUCCCAGUGCUGCGGUGCCAGAAAGUGCUGGAAAGAAGCCUGGAAUGGGCUUGCCACCAAAUAGUGCUACACGCAGUCCACAGUCACCAGUGGCGAAAGCAGUAGGAAAGCGGUCUGCAGCCACUGUGACAGUGCGACUUAAUAGCAACUUGGAGUGUUUGCAGGAGCAGAAUCAUGAAGCAGCAGCAGCAGCAGCAGUAAAGAAGAGGGCACAGCUUCUUCUGCCUUCGCCGAUUCGAUUCUUCAAAAUGCUGGACAAGAGCGCCGAAAUGGAGGGCGGGGAGCAAUGUGAUGCACCAGCAACAUAGACAAUGCAUUGCGUUAGCCCGAUGUUGAGCAUCUCAGCUGACUGCAGUCAGGUGAACAUGCACCAGGGCAUGGAAAUGACAAUAUCAGUACUUGCCUAUCCUGGACAACACUGCUGGUAAGCUAAAUGACCAGUCAUAAUGAAACUGCUGCCCGUAAGCGGCAUGCAGUGUUUUUCCCUACAACAACUUUGCAUAGCUUUUUUUGUCAUCGGUGCCUGGUAUGCUAUCUACUUACUCGAUCAAAAAUUUUUUUUACCCUCAAUGAUUGUGUUGCCACACAUGCCCACUGGUAUUAUUCCAAUGUGGUUACCAAUGAACAAAUCCACACGAAUAGGCAGAAUGCCUUCUAUAAUUAUUAUUUUGUCUAAAGUUUAGGUGGACCCCCCCCUUUCUUCCUUUCUCUACCAAGCCUUUUUUCCGAUCUGGCCAAUUAGGAAUGUUAAAAAAAAACAUAUUUUAAUUAAGCUGUGAGUAAGAUACCGUUCUCAAAGAAGAAGAGAAAGGACGAAAUGGCGUUGCUCACGCAGCAGACACGGUUCCGAUCACCCCGGCCUCUGAGCCAGCAGAACAAGAGUUGUGUGUGUAUCAGUGCGCCUCGAUCAACUGAACCGCAGGCAUUGCGUGGCUAUACAGUGUACGUCGAUUCAACCGCGUACCGGACAAACCAUUGAACGGCUGGUUUGGAACAUCAGUUAUUACUCUUUUAUAUAUUCGUAUCCCUUUCUACCUUGACGAGGGUAUCAUAUGAACGAUUUUCCGUUUGCUGACAAUUACGCGAUCAUAGUCACAAUUCCAAGCUGAGUAGUAUUGUGUUCAGUUCUCUCUGCUGAAUUGCUAGCAAACCUGAGAUCCCUGGUGUCCUGUUAGCCAUCUUUCCAUCUCCUAUAUGAUUGUGUUCUACUCAACACUGUGUUUCUUCAGCUUCUGAA